UAACAAUAUGUAAUCAAUGAAACCAAUUUGGCUCUCUGACACAAGUCAUGAUUAACUCUAUUGCAUGUUCUCUCUUUUCUCUAUCUACUAUACAUACCCCUCCCAUCUCUUUCAUUGCUCUUCUCUCCAUAGUAUGUAUCUAUAUAUAGUCCCAUCUUUCCCCCAUUUCUUAUAUACAUAAACCCACCACCUAAUGCCCUGUCACAUACUUCCCCAACCCCAUUUUCUGUCUUUCUCUUCUUAACACCAUUUUGUUUCAUUUUUUAUUUUUAUUUUUAUUUUUACACCCCCUUCCAAAUUUUAGAAAUUUCUAUUUUUUUUUUAGAGAAAAAAAAUGGGUGAGAAAGAUGAUGAUUUUAGUUUGGGUUUAGGUUUGAGUUUAAGUUUAGGGUGUGGUGAUUAUGCAAAAAAUAAUAAUGAAAUUCCUUUGAAGGUGAAUCACAUGCAAAAGCCUCCUCAAUCAGUUUCAAACCAAAGGGUUUCAUUCAACAACUUGUUCCAUUCUCAUGAUCUGAGUACCGAAACGAGGUCGUUUCUCCGCGGAAUAGACGCAAACUCGCCGCAUCCAUCAGCUCCGGCGGCGGCGUUCGAAGAUGAGAACGGAGUUUCUUCACCAAACAGCACCGUAUCAAGUAUCAGUGGAAAGAGAAGCGAAAGAGAAGGUAAUGGAGAUGAAAACGACGCUGUUGAGAGAGCUUCAUGUUCUCGCGGUGGUGGAAGUGAUGAUGAUGACGGCGGAGGUUGCGGCGGCGAUGGUGACUCUUCAAGGAAGAAGCUGAGGUUGUCAAAGGAACAGUCAAUGUUGCUUGAAGAAACUUUCAAGGAGCAUAAUACACUGAAUCCGAAACAAAAGCAAGCAUUGGCUAAGCAAUUGAAUCUGAAGCCAAGACAAGUGGAGGUGUGGUUUCAAAACAGAAGAGCAAGGACUAAGUUGAAGCAGACUGAAGUGGAUUGCGAAUAUUUGAAGAGAUGCUGCGAGACUCUAACUGAAGAAAAUAGAAGGUUGCAAAAGGAAGUGCAAGAGCUUAGGGCAUUGAAGUUAUCUCCACAACUCUACAUGCAAAUGAACCCUCCCACCACUCUUACAAUGUGCCCUUCAUGCGAGCGUGUCGCCGUAUCAUCUGCAUCCUCCUCGUCAGCAGCUGCACCCUCUGCUCCAGCUCUAGCUCCAGCUAACUGCAACCCGUCAGGUCCGAGUGUUCAACGACCAGUACCUAUCAACCCAUGGGCGGCAAUGGCUAGUCAAAACCGUACUCGGCCAUGAGUGCUCAUGAUCCUAGCAGUAGGGUAAAGUAGGCAGGGACAUUGAAUGUUUGGAUGAGCGUUGAGUUUGAUAAAAUCACAAUGACAACAUAAUUUUAUUGAACCUACAAAGAGCAUCUUUUGCCGAAAUCAUAGCUGGUCAUUGUGAUUCGGCUGCGAACUCAACGCCAAUCCAAACAUGCAAUUAGAUGCUAGACAAAAAUGAAUCAAUUCUAUAGUGCACUUUACUUUUUAGUGUUGGUUCACUAGGACUUCAGGUUAUGACAUUGGUUAACUUUUGUUUCUAGGCUUAUUUUAUUUUGAGCCUAGUGAUAACAUGUUUUACUCAACUUUAGGAUGUGUAAAGUUUGGAAAUGUUAAAGUAGGUUGUGUUUUUCAUA